AUGCGAGCAUCAACCAUCCUAGCCCUCCUCACCAGCAGCGCCUCCGCACUAGUCAUCAUAACCCCCAGCACCAGCACCACCACAACCAGCGCAACCCAAACCUCCACCCCUGGGGGUAACGAAGACUGGAUCACCGUAACGCCCGUAACCCUCACCCCCACCAACCAAGCCGCCGAAAAAUGGAUCACCGUCACUCCCGUGACGCUCUCCACCACCUACGACAAGCGUGCCAAGGAUUGGAUCACAGUAGCCCCGGUAACACUCUCCACUACCUAUGAGAAGCGCGAUGAGGAUUGGAUUACCGUAACCCCCGUUACUCUAAGCACUAGCACGAGCUACGCGGAUGAGGGGGAGAAGUAUAUCACCGUCACGCCUGUGACUUUGACUACUAGCUAUGAAAAACGUGGCGAGGAUUGGAUUACUGUGACUCCGGUUACGUUGAGUGCUACUUACAACAAUGGAUGGUAG